AUGAUCAACGGGGAUUACGAAAGGGCCAGCCCGGAGGAGGUGGCCCAGUUCCUGAAGUUCAUUGGGAUCAACGACGAUCCGUUCGGUCAGAGCGUCACCGCGGGAGGCUCCGUCAUCGGAAUUCGCUACGACCAAGGGGUUCUGGUGGCAGCCGACAACUGUGUCCACUUCGGAUCGACGCCUCGGUUCCAGAACGUGGAUCGAGUCUUUAAGAUCAACGAGCAAAUUGUUAUGGGCGGAGGCGGUGACUUUGCCGAUAUUCAGAUGUACAAGCGGACGAUUGAUGCGCAGGUAGUAACGGAUCGGAUCUACCAGGACACCACCGAAAUGAAACCCAAGACCCUAGCCGGCUGGUUUCGGAGUACCACGUACACUCGUCGCAGCUCCAAUGAUCCCUCGGCUGUGGCUGUAGUUGUGGGUGGCAUGGAACCGCAGGCGGGACCCUACCUCGCCUACAUUGAUAGUCGGGGACUCAUCGUUGAGGACUACGUGGCGACCACUGACACAGCCCAGCAAAUGGUCCUGCCCAUGGUGCGCGACAGCAAGCCGACGGACCGAGAGUUUACGGAGGAGGAGGCCCUAGCCAUGAUCCGCCAGGGCAUGGAGACGUUGAACAAUCGCGACGCUCGUGCAAUUCCCUACUACACGGUGGGCGUCUGCAACGCCAACGGAUCCCACAUCGAAGGACCUUACAAUGUGAGCGAGGACUGGACUCUCGCCCGCCACAAUAGAAUACACUAA